CUAUUGAACAUGGCCUCUUUCACUCCUCUUAAGAUACAAUAAUGUCCAGUGCCAAGGAUUCUGACUUCUGUCUAACUCACAUAGAGUCCAGGGAACUCGACCUAUACAUGCUGUACGACUUGUGAGGUUUGAGACCUAGGCCAUAUGUGCAAGAGAUGCUACCAUCUCACGGGGGAUAUACAAUCAUUAGUGUUGCAUGGAUAGACGUGGCCCAAGCCCCGUCCAAAAGAGCCAGAUUUUCAGCGAAAAAUACAGCCGAUGCUCGGGCGAUGUUGAAAUUCGGCGAGCUCUGACCGAACUACAAAUUAGGCCGGCGUUAAUAUUUGUAUGAAUUGUAAAACGGCUUAAUCAUUAUUUGUAAACAGAAGUCGCCGGAGCCCCGUCCAGUUUGUGACGGGGCAGAUUAUCACUGAAAAAUACUGUAGACGCGCCUGUACGCUGGGGCGAUUUGAAGUCGGCGAGCCGCUAGCCAAACUUCAAAUUCGGUCGGCUUUAAUUGUGACGGAGGUUCUUAGACAGGUCACACACGACACAAUAUUAUGAUUACUUGUUUUUUUCCAUGACGAUUGCGUAUUUCUCAUGCAGUGAUGGUUUGUGAGAGAACAGACGUCUAACAAUCCAGUUUGUUACUCGGGCAUUGUGACGUUGUAAAGGUUCCAGAACGUUCGAACUUCAUUGAAAUCGUUCACGAAUUCACUGAAGCACUACGCGAAGUGCAGGUACUGAAGCGUAUUAAAGUUCUUGAAGAUUGACUUUAGAAAGCUGUAAAGCUCAAUAUAUAUAAUGUCUGCCGCAUCGACGUCAACUGUCUCUAGAUGCCAGAGACGAAACAAAAAGGUGGUCUCUGCAAGAGCACUGCUCUAUACGGAGCUGGGGUACAUCGACUCCCUGACUGAAAAGAGCACAGCCGCACUCCACCAGGUUUGCCUCAGUGAUGGCAUCACGAUUGAUGACAUUUUAGCGGGGAACUACCGAGGAAGAGGAGUAUCAAGAGCAGCUGUAGAGGCAGCACGAUCAGAACUAGACUCAGACAGGCACAUUAAAGGGGACCCAAAUUUGCGUAAUUGGAGUACAGAUGCAAGACAUGCAGUCUUCCUCCACAAGAAUGGCGCACAAGCUGUCCACCAGGAUGGAGACAAGGUAGUAGACGAUACAGAAGACGAGGUGCGGCAGGGUUGUGAGGAUGCAGAGCAUGAGCUCGAGGAAUGUUCGGCAGACAGAACAGCACGGGGCGGUGGUGAUGUGGCAGAUAUAACACAAAGAGAGAGGGAGGAUAGCACUGCGGCAAGAGGAGAGAGAGAAGAUGAGAACAUGGAGUGUGCAGCAGGUGGAGAGAGAAAAGAGAACAGGGAGUGUGCAGCAGGUGGAGAGAGAGAAGACAACACGGAGUGUGCAGCAGGUGGAGAGAGAGAAGACAACACGGAGUGUGCAGCAGGUGGAGAGAGAGAAGACAACAUGAAGUGUGCAGCAGGUGGAGAGAGAGAAGACAACACGGAGUGUGCAGCAGGUGGAGAGAGAGAAGACAACACGGAGUGUGCAGCAGGUGGAGAGAGAGAAGACAACACGGAGUGUGCAGCAGGUGGAGAGAGAGAAGACAACACGGAGUGUGCAGCAAGUGGAGAGAGAGAAGAGGAGAACAGGGAGUGUGCAACAGGUGGAGAGAGAGAAGACAACACGGAGUGUGCAGCAGGUGGAGAGAGAGAAGAGGAGAACAGGGAGUGUGUAGAAGGCAGAGCGAAAGAAGAGCGGCCCGCACCGGUACCUAGAGCUCGCAGAGGAAGACUUAUGGACUUUAGGAGAUGUAUAACUGGCAUAGGACGUCGCAUGAGAAAACUUCUUCAAUGUUGCAAUUGUCUAAACCCUGACACAGAGGACUGAAGUUGGUACAUCUGUUCUGUUACGUAUUCCGUUACAUCUGAUCCGUUAUACCUUUAUAUGAAAAAAAAAUGUAUGAAAAAAUUUUUAUGAAAAAAAAGAACGAACGUUAAAAACAGCAAAAACAACAAAAAGGAAAUGGAUGUCCAUUUCACUUUGACUAAACAGGAUCGUAAUGUAAUUAGUUGUAGAAAUUGAAAAACACUGUGCGGCUGUGUCGGAGUGUACAUUUGCAUGUAUUUCUCUCGCUGGUGGGCUGCUAGGGGCGCGAUUUAAUCAGAUUCGAGAGAAGACGCCUAUAUUAAAGUGGUACACGUGCGUAGUAUUAUUCAUUAGUUUAUGUGUGCAAAAGAUAAGUCGUGUAUAUACUACACAAGAUGGUGUCACUCGGUGAAUGCACUGUGCUUCUGAUGUACAAAAUGUAUGUGCGCGAGUGCUUUGAUGACGUAAACGUUAGUUCAAGCAUACAUGUAGAUGGUCAUCGAUAUGUGUGGAAUACAAUCCACUUUCUUGUUAAUUAAAAGACUCUCCGUGAAAGUUCAUGGAUCGAA